GGCCAGAAGGUGUUGAAUCUCAUGGAACUAUCUAAAGCUAUGUGGUCUCAAAUGUCACUUGAAAGCACUAUGAUCAUCAUAAAAUUUUCAGACUCUGUACUGGAGAGUUGGCUCAGAGGAUAAGAAUACUAGCUGCUUCCAGAGGUCUUGAAUUCAAUUCCCAACAACCACAUGGUGACUGAUGCCCUCUUCUGGUGUAAAGGAUUAGUAUCUAAUGUUUGUAUAAGACAGAAGAAAAGGAUGUCAUUCCGUAAAGUGAGCAUCAUCAUCUGGGUCCUGGCUGUUGUUCUCUUCUUACUGGUUUUGCACCAUAACUUCCUCAGCUUGAGUAGUUUGUUAAGGAAUGACAUAACAGAUUCAGGAAUCCUGGGGCUUCAGCCCAUAGACUUUGCCACAGAUGUUCAUCAACAUCCAGUAAAUGGGAGACAAGAAGAGAUUCCUGUGGUCAUUGCUGCCUCUGAAGACAGGCUGGGUGGGACAAUUGCGGCCAUAAAUAGUGUUCAUCGGAACACUCGCUCCAAUGUGAUUUUUUACAUUGUUACCCUCAACAGUACAGCAGACCAUCUCCGGUCCUGGCUUAACAGUGUUUCCCUGAAAAGCAUCAGGUACAAAAUUGUACAUUUUGACACUAAACUUUUGGAAGGGAAAGUAAAGGAGGAUCCUGACCAGGGGGAGUCCAUGAAACCAUUAACCUUUGCAAGGUUCUACUUGCCAAUUCUGGUUCCCAGUGUAAAGAAGGCCAUAUACAUGGAUGAUGAUGUAAUUGUACAAGGUGACAUUCUUGCCUUGUAUAAUACACCACUGAAGCCAGGACAUGCUGCUGCAUUUUCAGAAGAUUGUGAUUCAGCCUCUACUAAAGUCAUUAUCCGUGGAGCAGGGAACCAAUACAAUUAUAUUGGCUAUCUUGACUAUAAAAAGGAAAGAAUUCGUAAGCUUUCCAUGAAAGCCAGCACCUGUUCCUUUAACCCUGGAGUUUUUGUUGCAAACUUGACUGAAUGGAAGAGACAGAAUGUAACUAACCAGCUGGAGAAAUGGAUGAAACUUAAUGUAGAAGAGGGACUGUACAGUAGAACUCUGGCUGGCAGCAUCACCACACCUCCUCUGCUUAUCGUAUUUUAUCAACAACAUUCCACCAUUGACCCUAUGUGGAACGUCAGACACCUUGGUUCCAGUGCUGGAAAACGGUAUUCACCCCAGUUUGUAAAGGCUGCCAAGUUACUUCACUGGAAUGGCCACUUCAAGCCUUGGGGAAGAGCUGCUUCAUAUGCUGAUGUUUGGGAAAAAUGGUAUGUUCCAGACCCAACAGGCAAAUUCAGCUUAAUCCGAAGACAUAUGGAUGCCUCAAACAUAAAGUGAACUAGAAUUUAAGCUUAAAUACACUACUCAGGAAAUCCUGGAAGACACAUGUGGGAAGUUAACAGUGUCAGGCUUGCUUGAGUCUCUCUGUAGCAACCCACAGAAAAGGGGUGUUUCAGCUGGGCAGAGAUGACAAAUUGCUUCCGUGGCUGUCAGCUUCCCAGAUGACUACAAAUGUCUCCAUCUGCCUACCAAAUGCUUGCUUACUACAUUGUUGACUGACCUCAAGGACAAACUGAUAAAACCAGUACUAGUUCAUCUAUCUGCUGCAGUUAGGAACUGCAGCUUGGUUUUAAUUUUGUAACCUGUGGCUCAGUUUGUAAAUAAAAUGUUUUCCAAUAAAUCUUUGCUUCCAGAGAACAGA